AUGCGCACUCGACCGAACAUUAUCUUAUUUGCUUUAAGUAGCAUCAUAUAUCGUUGUCCAGGUUCCGUCUUCCUCGCUGUAACUCUCAAACGUGGUUCCUUCAACGCUGUCGGCUGUAUCCUUGCAGAGCUGUGCGCUCGAAAGCCGCUGUUUCCUGGUGACUCUGAGAUUGAUGAGAUUUUUAAAAUCUUCCGCACACUGGGCACUCCUACGGAAGACGUCUUGCCUGGCGUUACCUCGCACCGGGAUUUUAAGUCCUCGUUUCCUAAGUGGCAACGUAACUACGACCAGGCUCUCUGCAAUAACCUCAACAAAGCAGGCCUCGAACUUCUCGAUAUGACGCUGAUCUACGAUCCGGCUAGACGUAUUUCGGCUAAACAGGCCUGCAACCACCGUUACUUUGAGGGCUUCCUUGCAUAG